GAAAUGUAAAAUGUCUUUUGACUUAAAUCAUAAGUACUGGGUCUCUACCCGAAAAGAAAUUUCCCAGCUUCUCAAGAAACAAAAUCGCCUGAAGAAAAUUGAGCCGCCCGAGGAUAAGGCCAUAUCAUUUAAAAUAUUCUCGGAACUAUACGUAUUGUACGUUGAACUGGUUAAUAAAUUAACCUUCAUUUACCACAAUACGUUCCAAGUACAAAAACGAGCGGUGGUACGCACUUUGGUCGAAAGUGCUACGCAGCAGUUAAUGAAACUUAAGGAUGAGCUGAAAGAUCUGGAGAUGAGCGAAUAUGUAUACAUAGACAAGGCAUUGAUCGCGCGGAAGCUGACGCCCCGCGACCUAGUUAUAUGGAGAUCCCCACAGUUCCUAUACCGAAGGCCCUUGGAAGUUCAAAAUAUACUUGCCGAAAACAAAUUGUACAUGAAUGAUGAGGAAAGAGAGGUGAAGGCUGCCAAGGAUUGGGUGCCUGUGACUGAAGCUGUGAAACUAAUUCAGGCACAAGAAAGGGCCCGUCGUGCACGCGUGUAUAAGGCCAACAUCAAGUAUGAUAAGAAGUUUCUGAAGGUCUACCAAAGAAGCAAAAUCAAUUAUAAAUUCACUUUCAAACCUGAUCAAGCUAUGAGUAUUCCUGUCAAGAGGACAAUUUUUUCAGCAGAUUUCAUCAAGUCCGACGAAUCCUGUGAAGACUUACGAAGAAGGGAUGAUGCGGCAGAUGGUGCAAUGGAAGAUGAAGAAAAUCUAAAUAUACUGCGGAAUAAUGCUGCCUGCAAAAUCCAAAGCCUGUGGAGGGGAUACAAGACGAGGAAAUUUGUUGAAAUAAAGAAGAGGUUUAAAGAAGAACUAUACGGCAUGAAAAAGGUCAGAAAACUGAAACGACCAAACCACAAAGAAAACGAAAUUGAGGAUAUGUACAAGAAGGAGAUGCUUAAAAAGAAGCUGGAUGAGGAUUUUAUUAAAUUGAUCAAUGAUGAGCGUACGCGAAUCCUCCAGGUCCGUUGCCCAUGGAUGAUGGAAGACAUAUCUGACCAUAUUCGAGCCUGGUUUAAGGAAUUCUAUGACAAGACACAAGACUUUCACCCGUAUCCCCCUCCAGUAAAACAAGGAACCGUAUUAGUUGUCAUCGACGAAACAAUGGACCCAAUAGAGUUUCAGCAAUCCCUUGGCAAAAAGCCGAUGACCAAGGAAGAAAAAAAGAAGAAACGAGAAAAAGAAAAACAGGAUCAACGGAAAAAGAAGGCAAAGCUUAAAUUAAUGUUAAUGAAAGAGGCCAAGCGCAGAAAGAAACUAAGAGAUCAAGGAGUUAUUGAUAUUGGCUAUGAGUUAGCUUCAAGCCAGCCAAUAAUAAAUAUGGAAGAAACAAUGGAAACAUUUGCGAAAGACUGGAGAGAUGUUGACGAAUACCUUAACAAGAAUCAUGAUCCAAUCGUAGAAUGGGUUAAAGAGGAGCAGCUGGCAAAAAUACACCAGGAAGUUAGAGGAUUGGUCGAUGAGUAUAUGAGGGUAGAAUAUGAACUGCUUCGCGAAGCUUUGGCUAAAGAUAAAAAUGAAAAAUAUAAACGUCAAAAAGUCAAGUAUCCUAAAGAGAAAAAAAAGAAGAAAAAGAGGGUGCCCAAAGAUAUGACGGCUGAUAGGACUCUGGAAUCCUUGUUCCAAGAGUUAAAAGACGAAGGAAUCAUUGAAGAUGUUGCUCGAAAAGACUUCGAUGAAUUUAUUGCGGACUUUAACUUUGUGGCAGAUGACACACGUGACGCAGAUGGUUUGACUACAUUGGGUCCAGCCAAAGGUGACAUUAAAAUGGUCAUUCAAGAGUCAAUGUUGGGAAUGGGCGAAUUCGACAUUCCCAAACCAAAGUCAAUUUUAUUGAUCGGACCUCUAAAUAGCGGAAAGAAAUUAUUGUGUCAAAUUAUAGCAUCGGAACUGAACGCAGUUUUUAUGAAUCUCAGUCCCGAAAAAACAUACAAAUAUGCUGAUGAUCUAAAAUAUUUCCUGCAUGUUAUCACGAAAGUUGCAAAGGCUUUUCAGCCUACUAUCCUGUAUAUCGAGGAGGCACAUCGCGUAUUUUGGAAGAAAGUUCCGCCUGAAUCCCGAGCCAUUAUGCCCAAACUCCUCGGGUCCUCCUUAAAUAAAAAAAUUUUAAAACCUUUAAAGAAACAAGAUAAAAUCGUACUCAUCGGGACGAGCAACAUGCCCUGGGCGGCCGCCGGAGGCAUUAAAAAAGCGUUCCAAAAGGUCUUGCUAAUACCAAAGUGCGACUAUGGCACUAGCUUCCUGCUCUGGCUAGAACUGAUGACUGAGAACGCACCAGAAGACAUGAAGGAAUACGCAUAUUCCGCACUGGCGAGAGUCUUGCAGGCAUAUACCUCUGGCGACAUUACUGAGAAUGUAAAGGAGACACUAAAUGUCGAGCGUAAGAUGCGACUUAAAACUGAAGCAUUAGAUCCCCACGAGUUCCUGGAAUAUUACCUAUCCAAAAAUGAUCCGCCCAUAUUUCCUCCAGAACAGAAGCUCAUGGAUAAGUUUAACAAAUGGUUUGGCAAAUCCAACAGUCUACAAAAAGCGAGAAAUAAAUUUAACGCUGCUAAGUUAGCGAAAGCUAAAAAGAAAUAAAUGUAAUGAUUUAUUUAAAA